GCCGCGCAAGCGCAGUGGCGACGUUGGUACCCGGAUGUCGCGCAUGCGCGGUGGCGGAUGGACGUGUUGGUAGUGGCUGCUGCAAGUGAGUGGUCGGAAUUGUGGUGGCUACAACAACGUGUCGAUUACGGUGACGCUUGUUACAGGGUGGUCGAGUUUGUCCUUUUUGUGUGCCGCGGGCCUGAGAGAAGUGUUCCGUCCGUCCACCGCUCGGGGAGAGAGGGAAAGUGGGUGGUGGAGGCCUGGCUCUCUCCGCCGCAUCGGGGCCGACUGAGGCGAGCGAAGGUUUCCCCACCGCCACCCCUCACCACAGCCGCAAGCCGCGUCCGAAGAGCGGUUUCUCCGCCCUGGCCGCCUGCGACCCAGGUUUUACCAGGAGACAAUACAUCUAACACUUAACUCGGAUCAUCUCUUGUUCAUCAGCUUGAAAAUCAUAAGAACCCCCCAAAAGCUGAAACUUCAUCUGAAACAAAAAAAGACAACCCAAAAGCUGUGACAAAUAUGUCUAUUACUAACACACCAACAAGUAACGAUGCUUGUCUGAGCAUUGUCCACAGCUUGAUGUGCCAUCGUCAAGGUGGAGAAAGUGAAACUUUUGCCAAACGUGCAAUAGAAAGUUUAGUUAAAAAGCUAAAGGAGAAAAAAGAUGAAUUGGAUUCUUUGAUUACAGCUAUAACCACAAAUGGAGCUCAUCCUAGCAAGUGUGUUACAAUACAGAGAACACUGGAUGGGAGGCUUCAGGUGGCUGGUCGCAAGGGAUUCCCUCAUGUGAUCUACGCUCGUCUUUGGAGGUGGCCUGAUCUUCAUAAAAACGAACUCAAGCAUGUUAAAUAUUGUCAGUAUGCUUUUGACUUAAAAUGUGACAGUGUCUGUGUAAAUCCUUACCAUUAUGAGCGUGUAGUAUCACCUGGCAUUGAUCUCUCAGGACUGACACUACAGAGUUCUGCUCCAUCAAGCAUGUUGGUGAAAGAUGAAUACGUUCAUGACUAUGAGGGCCAGCCGUCAUUGUCUUCUGCUGAAGGACAUUCAGUCCAAACGAUCCAACACCCACCCAGUAACAGGGCAUCUACAGAGGCUUAUAGCACCCCAGCUAUGUUAGCUCCUACUGAGGCUAGCACUACCGGCACCACUAAUUUUCCCAACAUUCCUGUGGCCUCAACAAGUCAACCUACCAGUAUAUUGACAGGUAGCCAUAGUGAUGGACUCUUACAGAUUGCUUCAGGGCCUCAGCCAGGACCUCGGCAGAAUGGGUUUACAACUCAGCCAGCUACUUACCAUCACAAUAGCACUACAACUUGGACUGGAAGUCGGACAGCAGCCUACACACCUACCAUACCUCACCACCAGAAUGGCCAUCUUCAGCACCACCCACCUAUGCAUCCUGGACAUUACUGGCCAGUUCACAAUGAACUUGCAUUCCAGCCACCUAUAUCAAAUCAUCCUGCUCCAGAAUACUGGUGUUCAAUUGCAUACUUUGAAAUGGAUGUGCAAGUUGGAGAAACGUUUAAGGUCCCUUCAAGCUGUCCUGUUGUCACUGUUGAUGGAUAUGUGGAUCCUUCUGGAGGAGAUCGGUUUUGCCUGGGUCAGCUUUCAAAUGUUCAUAGAACAGAAGCCAUCGAGAGAGCAAGGUUGCACAUAGGUAAAGGGGUGCAGUUGGAAUGCAAAGGAGAAGGUGAUGUGUGGGUUAGGUGCCUCAGUGACCAUGCGGUAUUCGUUCAGAGUUACUACCUGGACAGAGAAGCAGGACGUGCACCAGGGGAUGCUGUUCACAAGAUUUACCCAAGUGCAUACAUAAAGGUAUUUGAUUUACGCCAAUGUCAUCGUCAGAUGCAACAACAGGCUGCCACUGCCCAAGCUGCUGCUGCUGCUCAAGCUGCAGCAGUAGCUGGAAACAUCCCUGGACCAGGAUCAGUAGGUGGAAUAGCCCCAGCCAUUAGUUUGUCAGCUGCUGCUGGAAUUGGUGUAGAUGAUCUUCGUCGUCUGUGCAUACUCAGGAUGAGCUUUGUAAAAGGCUGGGGACCUGAUUACCCAAGACAGAGCAUCAAAGAGACACCAUGCUGGAUUGAGAUCCAUUUACACCGUGCCCUCCAGCUCUUAGAUGAAGUACUUCAUACCAUGCCGAUUGCAGACCCACAACCUUUAGACUGAGACCCUUCUGCUACAUUCUUGUGGGCUGUAAUAUUAUGAAGAUGGUGGAUUGUAAAAUAAGAUUCUGUUUAUAACCUGAAGAUAUAUUUUACUUUUGUUCUGCUUAAUAUUUUAAACACAGGUUUUAAAAAUGUGUUUGCCGCCUUGCUCCUAGCAGAAAGAAAAUGAACAUGAAGAAUUUGGAUUUUUGGUUAUUGUCUCAUAACAUGUGGCUCACGGCUUGAAAUGAAUGGUAAAUGCCUUAUAGAGACUUCACAGCAUUGGAUUUAUUCCUUUUGAAACUUUCCUUCAACAUCUUGGUUAUAAGCUUCACAGAAGCCUUUUGUAUGCAGAAUAUAUAUAUAUAUGACAAUUCCUUCGAAUAGUGAUAAACAUUUACCUAAUUCCAACUAAUUUGGGAUGUUCUUUUUAGGGAGCAAUCAUUGCCAGAAGGCUUUCUGCAUCAGGAACAGUGUGGCCAGUAGGACAAGGGAGGUUAUUCUUCCCCUGUACUCAACACUGGUCAGGCCACACCUUGACUACUGUGUCCAGUUUUGGGCCCCUCAAUUCAAGAGAGAUGUUGAGGUUCUGGAAUAUGUCCAGAGAAGGGCAAUGAAGCUGUUGAAAGGCCUGGAACACAAACCCUAUGAGGAGAGGCUGAGGGAGCUGGGGUUGUUUAGCCUGGAGAAGAGGAGGCUCAGGGGUGACCUCAUUGCUGUCUACAACUACCUGAAGGGAGGUUGCAGCCAGGUGGGGGUUGGUCUCUUCUCCCAGACAACAAGCAACAGAACAAGGGGACACAGUCUCAAGUUGUGCCAGGGGAGGUAUAGGCUGGAUGUUAGGAGAAAGUUCUUCACGGAGAGAGUGAUUAGCAUUGGAAUGGGCUGCCCAGGGAGGUGGUGGAGUCACUGUCCCUGGAGGUGUUCAAGAAAAGACUGGAUGAGGCAUUUAGUGCCGUGGUCUAGUUGACUGGAUAGGGCUGGGGGAUAGGUUGGACUGGAUGAUCUUUGAGGUCUCUUCCAACCUGGUUGAUUCUAUGUCUAUUCUAUGUCUUUUUUAUUUUCUUGACUUAAACUUAUUAUUAUUUUUCCAGAUCAAAAUGUAGAAGAUUCCAAAAAGUGACAGAUGAGACAGGAUGCUGUUGGUAUUGAUGAGAAAUACAAGAAAAAAUAACUUUCCCUCACUAGAUUUUAAAGUGGAUCUUAGAUUUUUUGAAAUUUAUAUAGGUGAGUUUUAAAACAUUAAAGGAAAUGCAUACUUUCAGCGCUGGGAUUCAAAUUUAAACACAGCGUGAAAUACCCAGUCCUCAAAGUAGCUCAAGAACCAAAGCAGGAGUAUAUUUUCCUAACUACUAGUUUUACUCAAGUAAAACUUGGCCGGUCUUUAGAAAAAAAGCCACAUGACUCUUUUUAUUUGUGUCUACCAUGAAGUCAUGUAGAAUCCAACCUUGAUAUUUAGUACAUGCUUUUUGUAUCUGUUCAUUAUUUCCACUCAGGGCAAGAUGGCAAACUUGUUUUUAUACCUUUUGGUUAGUUUAAAGCCCUUAUGCCAUCAAGGACCUUAUCAACUGGUAAUGACUUUGUACAGAGAAUUUCUAAUAGGAAACAAGACAAAAUAUAUUGACUGUGUGACAGAUACAAUAUGUAUGCUUUUCUCUCUAGUUACUAGUAUAAAUAAAAUGAUGAAACCCCUGAA